AUGGACCUUCCCUCGCAGCCUAACCUCCGGGUCACGAGUAUGUCUCAUGUCCUCCUGAAGAGCUUGGUCACGCGCGCAUUGGGAGAGGGACAUAGGGGCUAAUUAUUGGACAUAGUCAUUGCGGCAGACGGACUGUACAAGAGAGAUGUCUUCAGUGAGUGCCGCUUGGGCUGGGCUCCGAGAUGGGUGUAUACUGAUACUGGUCGGCAGGAUUUCCCGACCCGUUCGCGGUUGCGACGAUUAGUGGCGAGCAGACCAGGACCACAGGCGUCAUCAAGAAGACGCUGAAUCCAUACUGGAAUGAGAGCUUCGAUAUGUACGUGGGGCCUUCAUCCUCCAGCUUUCACUGGGAGCUUGGCUAACAUCGCGAUAGGCGAGUGACCGAGGAGAGUAUACUUGCCAUCCAGAUCUUUGACCAGAAGAAGUUCAAGAAGAAGGACCAGGGCUUCCUGGGCGUGGUCAACGUAAGGAUAGGCAGCGUUAUCGACCCUGACGCUGGCGGCGAUGGUAUGUCCUCACGAAUGACGUUUCACGCCUGCAUGCUAACACACACCAGAAAUGAUCACGCGCGACCUUCGCAAGUCGAAUGACAACCUGGUAGUCAAUGGCAAGCUGAUUCUGAAUCUCUCCACGAACCUGCGCACGCCCAUCGCAAACGGCAAUAGCAGCAGCUCUCGUCCCACUGGAUCCUCGGCUGGUGCUACUACGAACGGCGCGCAAACUCCUUCUAGCGCAGGCGGUGCCCAGUCAACCACUUCUCUCGCAGGUGAUCGGCCGACCAGCAAUCCUGGUUCAUCCGCCGCUUCCCGCCAGAACGUCAAUACCGCCUCAUCUUCCACGGCCAUGAACGGUACGAACGGCUCAGCCAGACGAGAACAGUCUGGAUUCAGCGCUUUCGAGGAUGCACAGGGAAGAUUGCCUCCGGGCUGGGAAAGAAGAGAAGACAAUCUCGGCAGAACAUACUACGUCGACCACAAUUCUCGGCAAACCACAUGGAUUCGACCGACUGCGAACUACAAUGCUGGGGAACAAAGGGCUCAGAUGGAACAGCAACAGUCCGUGGAGCGAUCCCGGCAUCAGGCCCGUAUGCUGCCGGAAGAUAGGACUGGCACCAACUCGCCGACUCUGUCGGACAGACAAGGCUCGCCCUCGCAAACACCAAGUGCUGCCGCAAAUGCUGCCAACAACGCAAACGCAGCUCAGAUGGUGCAUACAGGCGCCACGACCGCCGGGACUGGCGAACUUCCAGCUGGCUGGGAGCAGCGUCAUACACCAGAGGGACGAGCGUACUUUGUCGACCACAACACUCGUACCACCACGUGGGUUGACCCCAGGCGGCAGCAGUAUAUCCGCAUGUAUGGUCAAAAUGCCGCGGGAAACACGACGAUCCAACAGCAACCUGUGUCACAGCUGGGCCCUCUACCAAGUGGGUGGGAGAUGCGUCUUACCAAUACGGCUCGCGUCUACUUUGUUGAUCAUAAUACCAAGACGACUACGUGGGAUGAUCCGAGACUACCAUCCUCGCUGGAUCAGAACGUACCGCAGUACAAGCGUGACUUCAGGAGGAAGUUGAUUUACUUCAGAUCGCAACCCGCACUGCGUAUUCUUUCUGGACAGUGCCAUGUCAAGGUUCGACGUACACAUAUCUUCGAGGAUUCAUAUGCGGAGAUUAUGCGUCAAAGCCCGAACGACCUGAAGAAACGACUGAUGAUCAAGUUUGAUGGUGAAGACGGAUUGGAUUAUGGCGGUCUCAGCAGGUACGUGGAAAGGAAGGAGGUCAGAUCUUUCGCGGACGCUAACAAACGACAGAGAAUUCUUCUUCCUUUUGUCUCAUGAGAUGUUUAACCCAUUCUACUGUCUUUUCGAAUACUCGGCGCACGACAACUACACUCUUCAGAUCAACCCGCACUCUGGCAUCAACCCCGAACAUCUGGGCUACUUUAAGUUUAUUGGUCGCGUGGUCGGCCUCGCCAUCUUCCACCGACGGUUCUUGGACGCCUUUUUCAUCGGAGCCUUUUACAAGAUGAUACUCAAGAAGAAGGUCACGCUGUCGGACAUGGAAGGAGUGGAUGCCGAGUUUCACCGAACGCUCAGCUGGGCGAUGGACAACGAUGUCACCGAUGUCAUCUACAGCACCUUCUCCGUGGAAGAUGAGCGAUUCGGAGAGAAGGUCACUGUCGAUCUGAAGCCUGGUGGUCGGGACAUCGAGGUGACGAAUGAGAACAAGAGGGAGUAUGUCGAGCUCAUCACCGAGUGGAGGAUCCAGAAGCGGGUUGAAGAGCAAUUCAAUGCGUUUGUGGCUGGGUUCCAUGAGUUGAUUCCGGCGGAUCUGAUCAACGUCUUCGACGAGCGCGAAUUGGAGUUGCUCAUAGGAGGUAUUGCCGACAUCGACGUGGAUGACUGGAAGAAGCACACGGACUACCGUGGGUACACGGAGAACGACGUUGUGAUUCAGAACUUCUGGAAGGUAUGUACAGCCAUGGCGAUGCGGGGGCGGAAAGGCGAGGCUGACAGGUUGAAUAGUGUAUUAGGAGUUGGGACGCAGAACAGAAGUCCCGGCUGCUGCAGUUCGCGACGGGAACAUCGCGUAUCCCCGUGAAUGGGUUCAAGGACCUGCAAGGAUCCGACGGGCCCCGACGGUUUACGAUUGAGAAGUCUGGGGAGGAGACGCAGCUGCCGAAAUCGCACACGUGCUUUAACCGGUUGGAUCUGCCGCCGUACAAGAGCUUUGAUGCGCUGACACAGAAGCUCACGUGGGCUGUGGAGGAGACUGUGGGAUUUGGACAGGAGUAG